UAAGGUUAAGUCGUAAUGUUUUGAGAAGUGUAAUAUCGUCAAGUAAACGUUCGAAAAAUCUAAAAAUAAGUAAGUCGAUACCGAGACACUAGAAAUGACCGAAUAUAGAAAUUCGUAGAGCCCGGCACCAAAAAUAUCUUAACUAUGAAGGCUACCGAAGCGCUACGAUCGUUAGUCUUUCCAUGAUAUCUCUCGGAGCCGCAAGAAGCCCUAAUAGUUACGUCGUAGUUUUUUUGUUUAUCCAAAAUGGGUGAAGUAUCAGAUGCCGUGAAGAAAUGUUGCAAUAUAUUAAAGAAUUCAGCCAGUGAUACCGAAAAGUUCGCGGCUUUGUUUAUGGUUACAAAAUUAGUGAAAGGAAAACAUGCAACACCCAACGCCAAGAAAGCUAUAUUUGAAUCCAUUGGAUUCGACUUCUUGCGGAGAUUACUGCUUACUACUGAUGUACCUGUCGACUGUCCACCUUCAAUAUAUAAAUCAGUAGCAUUAUCUAUAAUAAGUGUAUUUUGCAAUGAAGAAGAAUUGGCUACCAAAAAGGAAAUGUUAGAGUUUGUUCCUGCGUUUCUGGAAAUCGUAAAAGCUGCAGAUGAUGAUGCGAAUGAUGACAGUCUUAUGGCUAUUGGUGAGGCUUACAAUUGUUUAAAGGGCAUAGCGUCAUACGAACCAGGACAGAAAAAACUUAUCGAAUCGCAAGCUGUUGAUAAAUUGGGUGAAAUAUACUCACAGGGUAGCUUCCAGUCAGAUGAGGCCCUCAAUAUUAUGGCAGUAUUAAUUGCAAAAUAUCCUACCUCCUGGACAAAUAAAGACCCAAAAGCAUAUCAUGCCCUAUUAAAUAAAAUUGCUGUUGAUUUCGAAACUGAUCAAGAUAAAAGAAAAUUUGAAAUUUGUGAAGUGCUCCAUGCUCUAGUGUAUAAUUGUCCCAAAACGCAAAUAUCAGAGUUUUCUGCAAGUGAAACAUGGCCUCAAAGCAUUUACAAAGGUUUGUCUGAUAUUCUUCAAAGUAAAAUAGGUGCUGCUCAAAGAAAUCCUGCAUUGUUGCUUACUUCAAGUGUGUUAGAAUUACUAGGAAUUGACUGGAUUUUUUCUGACGAGGAAAAAGGUAAACAAAUAUUUCUUCUACUUAUCCAAUUAGCUGCGAUCGAGGUUAGAAUGCAGUUAGAAGGAAAAAAUUUGAAGUCGUUAGCACCUCAACAGAAUCUCAUUACAGCAUGCUACUUGAUUCUGGAAGUAUGUAUAAAUUUUAUAACCGAUGACCAAAUAGAUCUUGAACAGAAAGAACGGCAAACUGUAUACACAGGUUUAAAAGGUGCUUUUACUGCAGUUGUCAACUUAUUGAUAAAAAUUGAUGCAGAUAAAUCCAAGCCAUCAGCUGAAGAUAAAUUAUUUAUUUGUGCAACUGUUAGAGUUUUGGCAGCUUGGCUUGCACAAGAAACUACAGCUAUGAGGCCUCAAAUAUACCAACUGCUUCCAUUUAUUUUGAACCUAGCUAAUGAAACAUUUUAUGCAUAUAGGGAUAGGAGAGUUGCUGAGAAAGCGAAUCAACCACACGAUAAUCAUCCUCUUAGCAACAUAAACUUAUUAAGAGUCAUGCUCCCUUCUCUUUGUCACUUAGCUGUUGAAGACGAUGCGAGAAAAUUAAUGCUAAAGAUUAAAGAAGAAAAGGUCUUACUAGAUGUGCUUAAAUUUCAUUGGACCAUUGUACAUUACAAAAGACCACCUGUUCCUAGAUCUGAGAGGUUAAAAGUUAUGAACCAACCUGCACCUCAAUUAACUCCUGAGAUGUUAGAAGAUAUGAAGGACUCAAGAACAGCUAUGAUAAGCACAUGUAAUUUAUUAAUGAAUUUAACGGUUUUAGAAGCAAAAUACGUAGAACAAUCUGAAGCCUGUAACGAAUUACUUAAAUUCAUAUUUGAGAACUUACCUGAAUUGAAAGAUAUACCUGAGAACUUAGUCUUACAUGGAAAUCUAUCUGUGCUAGGAUUACUCUUACUCAAGCAACUCUCAAACAAAGUAAAAAAGAAUGAUUUUUCAAUUUGUAGAUAUAUUCAAGCAUCAAUUAGAUUUUUGUGGGAUGCUUAUAAUGUUGAUGAAUCAAAUGAUCCUACAGCAUUGGUGGUGUCCAUGGCAUACAAAGAACACUGGAUGGAGAUAAUGGAGUUGUGGUUUUUGGGCAUGCAAACCCUAUCUGGAGUAAUUUCUGUAAUUCCUUGGAUUUCAGAGUUUGCUAUUGAAAGUGGUUGGGCGGAAGGAAUUGUGCAACUUCUGAAAAAGGUCAAAAUUGGUACUCUUCCAGCAAAUGUUAAAUCAGCGUAUGAAGAUUUCUUGUGCAAUUUAGUUGAUGCAAAUGAAGACGUGGUAGAUGUUUUGAAGAAGGCAGAGGCUCUUAGGGUGUGCAGAAAUCACAGACUGAUGGAUUUGGGCAAAAAGUUAUUUGGUGAUUAAUUUGAUUAGUUUUGAUGUUUUAUUUGUUUCUACUCAAGUGAAGCUUAGCAGACAGCCAAAAUCCGUGGGUGCUUAAGGUUAAUGUAUCAAAUUUUAUAGUUUUUUUUUGUACACAAAAAUUUGCAUUUGAUUCUGACAAUAAAGACUGACAAGUUUAGAAUUUUGCAUAGAUUGUGUGAACCUUGUACAACACUUUAAAAAUGAAACACAUUUAUGUUUAGGACAGUGUUUUUUUAUUUACGAAUGUUUGUAAUAAAUAUAUUUAUAUAUUGGCCUCUUUUAUUUUAAGAUUUUUUAUGGCAUCUUGUUAAUUGUUUGUGAAUAAAGUUCUUUGAUUAUA